AUGGCAAAGAAUUUGAAGGUUCUAAAUUUGACCAAAUGCAGAAAGUUGCGUAGAACUCCCGACUUUUCUGCUCAUAAAAAUUUAGAGAAACUGAUUCUUCAAGGGUGUGAGGAACUGGUUCAUGCUGAUAGGUCUAUUGGUAAGUUAAAGCAUUUAGUAUUAUUAAACUUGAAAGGUUGUCGGAAACUUCGGAGAUUGCCAGAUGAGAUGGGGGAUCUGGGAGCCUUGACAGAAAUUCUUGUUGAUGAUACAUCUAUUACCAAUAUUCCUGAAUGGAAAGGAAUGAAGAAAUUGGAAACUCUCAGCGCAAAUUCAUGUACGUCACUGAGUAUAUUCAAUUUAGCUGGUCGGGUAACAUCACUAGUAAAUAUUAGGUUGGUAUGUACAAGAAUUACUGAACUUCCAUUCGGAAAUUUUGGGGCUCUUGCUGAGUUGGAUAUUUCUUGGUCGAGAAUUCGAGAGUUGCCCAAUUCAAUAGAGAAAAUGAAGAAUUUGAGAGUACUAAGGAUGUGUCACUCCAGGUUAGUAAAGCUACCUAGCGCCCUUGGGAUGUUGGAGAAGCUUGAAGAGAUCAAUGCUGACGGCUGUAGAAAUUUGCAGGGGGAAAUUCCAAGUGAGAUUGGAAGACUGUCAUUUCUGAGGAUCUUGCGUUUAAUGGACGCUCGAAUUUCCAAAGUACCAAAGCUUCCUGAAAAUCUUAGUUUCCUUUUGAAGCUCAGGGAGCUUGUCCUCGUCGGAAAAAACCUAGCAUGUCUACCUAUGCUUCCCCAGAAUUUGUCAUGCCUCACUAUUAAUGGGGGCUUGAUGGAAAAGUCGAUAGAUCUAUCAUAUUUGGAAAAGUUAUCGGAGUUGGAAGUCUGUGAUUGUGAACAUCUAACAGAGAUUCAAGGCCUCGAACAUCUGAAAAACCUGAAACGGCUUCGGCUUUAUCAUCUUCCGUCACUGGUGAAGUUGCCUGACCUGACCAACUUGAAGAAGCUAUGGGAACUUUGGAUAUCGGAUUGUCCUAAACUGGUCGAGAUUCAAGGUCAGCUAGAAUCUUUGAAGGAGCUUCGAUUAAUGUUCUGUGAAUCACUUGAAAAGUUGCCCGAUUCAUUAAGCUUCAAGAAUAUGGGAUAUCUCGUGAUAGACGGCUGUCCAAAGCUAAAAGAGAUUCAAGGCCUGGAGGACUCGGAGAACUUGGAGUGA